AUGGCUGACGUCAAAGAUCCGUCUCCAGCUGAAGAGGCAGCCGCCCGCGCCAAAGAGGCUGACGAGCAAGCUGCCUUGCCCUACAAAUGGCAACAGACUAUUGCGGAACUCAACGUUACCUUCACAGUUCCCGGAAACAUGAAGUCAAAAGAUCUCAUCAUAGACAUUAAAAAGCAGAGUCUGACUGCGGGUAUCAAGGGCCAAGAGCCCGUCAUUAAGGGAGAUCUCCCCCAUGCCAUUCACGUCGACGACUCGACAUGGACCCUAUCCACAAACGCCGACGGUACCAAGACGGUCGAAAUCCAGCUCGACAAGGUCAACAAGAUGGAGUGGUGGGCGCACGUUAUCACUUCUGCUCCUACCAUUGACGUAACGAAGAUUCAGCCUGAUUCUUCGAAACUGUCUGACCUCGACGGUGAGACGAGGGGCAUGGUUGAGAAGAUGAUGUAUGACCAGCGUCAGAAGGAGAAGGGGCUGCCUUCGUCAGAUGAGCAGAAGAAGAUGGACAUCUUGAAGAAGUUCCAGGACCAGCACCCGGAGAUGGACUUCAGCAAGGCCAAGAUUCAAUAA